AUGGCAUGCCUUCUUCGUCCCCAGAGCCGGGACGCCUUCGAGAUCGCCAUUAUCUGCGCCUUACCCGUCGAGCGUAAUGCCGUCGAAGCACUAUUGGACGAGGAGUAUGAGACGGAUGGUUUCUCCUACGGCGAGGCGGCUGGGGAUUGGAAUAUUUAUACCACAGGACGGCUAGGCAACCAACAUGUGGUCCUGGUGUAUAUGCCGGGCAUGGGGACGAGCAGCGCCACCGCGGUGGCCGCCAAUCUUCGCUCCAGCUUUGAAAGGACUCAAGUCGGCAUCAUUGUCGGUAUUUGUGGUGGAGUCCCAACGACGGCUGAUGGCGCCGAGAUUCUCCUGGGCGACGUUAUCAUCCGUACGUCGGUGAUUCAGAUCGACUUUGGCUCACAAUACUCAAACGGGGUCAUCAGAAAGAAGGAGGUGGAAGAUACUCUGGGUCGAGCGAAUCCGGAAAUUCGGGCAUUUGUCGGGAAGAUGUCAGGCUAUCUGUUUCCCAAAAGACUCCAAGAAAAGACCAGUGUCUUCUUGACUCAAAUCUGUACAAAGGAGGGGUUUUCCGGGUCGGCCUAUCCGGGACCAGAAAACGAUAAACUUUACCCCGCUAACUAUCGGCACAAACACCGGAUACAAUGCUGUGACAUUUGCGACCAUGGCCAGGAACAGAAUGAUGACGUUUGCGACUCAGCCUUGCGGAACUCUUGUGAGAACCUUGCUUGUGAUGAGACCUCGGUGAAAGAACGCAAGCGCAUCCUAAGGGCAUUGGGCAUCUCCCCGGACGGAGGUCAAUUGACGGCAAGAGAAAUCCAAGAUGCGAGAAAGCCGUCCAUUCACGUGGGCCGAAUAGCAUGCAGUAAUCAAGUCAUGAAGAGUGGUCUGCACCGAGAUCGGAUUGCCACCGAGGAGAAAGUGAUUGGGUUCGAGAUGGAGAGUGCGGGUACAUGGGAUUAUGUCCCCACGAUUGUGAUUAAGAGCGCGUGCGAUUACGCGGACAGCCACAAAAGUGAUCGGUGGCACGCAUAUGCUGCAGCGACCGCCGCGGCUUGUACCAAGGCUGUGCUAGAAGAAUGGAGACGUGCCGACAGGCCCGUUGGAGAUCCAGUCGACCAGGAGCGUCGAGAUCCCAAUUCAAUCGCGAAUCCUGUGCACUGGACCGUUACUCGCUCUGCCAACACGCUGUUUACAGGCCGCGAUGACAUUCUUCAGGAGCUGGAUAUUAUCGUUCGGGAUGCUGCCAAGAACUCUUCACAUCGGAGUCAGUGCCGGAUUGUCAUUUCCGGUAUAGGUGGUCAGGGCAAAAGCGAGAUCUGCUUGCAACUCGCGCAACGCGUUCGCCAAUCCACCUCCCAUUUGGCAGAAACCGGAUUCUUAGAUAUCGCGAGCCGACUUCACAUCCUGGCACGGACAUGGAAGGACGCUCGGCAAGGUCUUGCCAAUCUGAAAGAACCGUGGUUGUUGAUAUUGGACAACGCCGAUAAUCAGCCCCAUAUUGACUACCAGCCAUAUUUUCCGACCGCUGCGUCAGGCGUGGUGAUUUUAACAUCACGUAACGCCGAAUGCCGGCAGUAUGCCACGGCAAAAUGGGUCGAUUUGGAAGGACUGUCCGACGCUGAGGCUCGACAACUACUGCUCCGGGCUGCACAUAUUCCUCACGAUCAACAUCAGACUCUCAAGGACGAUGCUCAUGUCGUCGCACUCCUUUUGCGAUCACACCCUCUCGCACUAAUCCAAGCUGGAUCUUACGUGUCACGUGGUCAUUGCACGCUAAAGGAGUACCCCAUCGUGUAUGAGCAACAACGGAAGCGUCUUCUUACCUUCCGGCCAUUUCAGGCACAGUCACGCUAUCGCGACGUCUAUGCGACGUUUGAAGCGUCGGCAGAAAUCCUGCAAUCGUCGAACACUGAAUCUGCCAACGAUGCUCUGCAACUGUUGCCCGUAUUUUCGUCAUUCGGACCCAGUCGAUUACCCCGACCAUUGUUUGAAGCCGGGUGGAAGGGGGCUCAAGCAAUAUCUUCAAAUAAAACUGAUGAAGGCGACUUGAGUCGCCUAAUGCCAUGGCAUGUCUCGCACCUUCCACCUCUUAUUCAAGCAGGUGUCCGGACGUGGGAUUCCUUUCGACUCUUUGAAGCUAUUUACCUGCUGAAGGCAUUCUCGCUGGUGUCGACCGAUAGCAACGAGGGUUUUUUGUGCGUCUCGAUGCACCCGUUGAUCCACGCCUGGGCGAGGGACCGCCUCAGUCUGGAGCAACAGCACGAAUGUUGGAUCACAACUGGAUGUUUGAUCACCAUCUCUCGUAAAGAUAUAGUGUCGUGGCAAAAAAUCGGGCGGCAACUUCGGCCUCAUCUACAGACAAUGGUAUCGUGGGAGAUGAGUCUGAUGUUUAGUUCCGAGCCCUCGAUGAUGGUUAUUCGUAUUUUGAUGAAUUGUGGGUGGCUGCUGUACGAAAUACGCGAUGACGCAAAGGUCUUUGUCUUGAUGGAUCGUCUUUUCACUUAUCUUGGCUUAGAUCGGUUAACUGUAGACCCACGAUGGCUACAAGUGUACGAUCUCACCGCGCGGAACUUCCGAAACUAUGGCAAAAUCAAAGAGGCUGUGUCAUUACUGGAACAGGUGGUCAAGAUUCAAGAGCAGACGCCGCUGGAGGAUCGUCCUGAUCGAGCAGACACUGGCGGAGGAUCGUCCUUCUCGACUGAUGUCCCAACAUCAGCUCGCUAUAUCCUACUUGGAGCUCAGGCAUCAUAA